CUGAAGAAGACUGAAAUUGACCGGGGCUGAUUUGUUAUCUUCAGUUGGGUCCCUCCCGCUUCGUUUCGUGGUGGAUGGACCGUGUCCGACUCUCAGCGUCUUUCCCUCCUCCAACGCCCGCUAUCUCCAGCCCUACCCCCAGCCUACUCCAACGAGCUGGCGACACCUCCAGAUGCACUUGCAAUCUCAGCGACUCUUUUCCAGAAGACUACUUGUGUUCGAGUGAGACUCCAACGUCUUCGCCUUGUAUCAUAUUCUAAUAUCUUUGAAGUUGUUGGGAACCCUUGGAAGUUGACGCGCUGUAGUGUAUUAACACAGCAAGCGUGGUGAUCACCUUUACUCCGCUUCCCGCGUACAGCAGACGCUUCCUUUGUUUUCUCCUCACACGGCAGAGACAGCCAGACUCCAACACACAACCUUUGUGAAAGGAGGAACAAUGAGUAGCGGCAAGGGCUCUCCCGAGACUCUCGCAACAAAGACAUUUUCGUCACCAGGAAAAUCAUCAACCGUGACCUUCACAUCGACCACUCUCGAGGAGAGGAACGAGAGAAACGGCCGAAUUGCUGCCCUGAGGCGGGACUCAGGGUCCUCGUCCUCCAAGGGAUCAGCGCAUGGCCUUUCAAGCAUUGAUGCGAGACUCGGCCUCCCGAUUUCAACAAAGUUCCUAGCUCCAGCGGAAGAUGUUCCUGAUACGCCAAGUUCCACGAUUGUCGAGUUCGGUGAUACGGACAGAAACCAAUUGCCAUCGGCCGCAGAAUUGGCCGACAAUGUCUUUCGCACCCAGCACCGCGUCCGAAAAAGCCGGUCACAGUCUCGGACACGCCCUGAGCAUGGGAGCAUUAGGGAUCUCAAACAAGAGCGCAGCGCGAGUGCUCAGGCUAACCGAGCUGGGACUCCGACUGGCUCAACAAGAGAGAGAUCCGAAUCAGGCAGCAAAGGAGCCAGUCCUGGAUUGAGGGGCUUACCAACCGACAGAAAUCCCGCCGCCGAGCGGGAGCUGGCUAAAACCAGAGUCAACAUGUAUCUCACACAGCACCAACAACAACAAAGUCAAGAGCAGAUCAUCCAGAGUCCCAUUCAGCAGCAGCCCUCGGACCCUGACAAGGAACUUCUAUUGGAGAACCGCGGCCUGUACCAGCGAGUUGCUGCGCUACAGCGGACUGAGCGAGACCUGCUGGCAGAGAAUCAAGAGUUACUCCGCCAAUUCAACCAGCUAAAACAACAUCACGACGUACGCCGCAAGCAAUGGAGGGAUCAACUUCGCCAACGGGAAAGGGAGUACGAAGCUCGCAUUCAUGAGCUGGAGGACCACAUGUUGCAGCUUGCUAUUGCCAACCCGACAAGAGCGGCGCCGAUCCAGACCGACAAGGAGAUUAUUCACUGGUUCGCUGAGCAAGAACAUGCCCGGCGAGUCUGGACACAAGACUAUGCCCACCGCGACGCGAACCGUCUAUGCGAGGGCCUUCAUCCAGUCCAGCUGGCCGAGCUAUGCGAAGGCGUCAAGGAGUUUGUGAAGCUCAAGGAGGACAAAACACUUCCCGAAGAGCUUCCUACCAACAGCAGCGAGACGACUCAGCUCCUUCUUCAAGGCAUGCUUGCAGACUUUAUCUCCACCGAGAUUUUGGCUUCUCCGUUCUGGGUGUUUACUGCCAUCUCAGCCGGAACGCUCGAGAGCCCUAGCGUUCCUCACCCCAGCACGGUACCGAUUGCGACCAGUUUCCGUAUGGAUCUGAGUUUGUUUAAUGACAUUGCUCCCAUGCGACCCAUCUAUGCCCCUACUCCGGGCAGCCCUCACUUCCCGCCCCCUUUGAUUACAGCCAUGCUGCCCCAAGCACUCGGAAACGCGGCAUCGGGCUUGGGCUUGCCUACUAAGACCGAGAUGGAGAACCUUUAUCACAUGCUUCUGAGUGCUCAAAAGCAAUAUGCGGACGUGACCGUUCACGAUUGGCGAGCGCAGCUUAUGAGGCUCCUUGCCGAGAGCGGCAUGAGCUUGAAGGAUCCCUUGGAUGCAGCCAAGAACGAAUCCAGGCGUAUCCUGAUUGAGUCCAGACUCAACUACGCCCGCAAACUUAAGGAAAAGUUCCUCGGAGGCCCGGCCAGGUAUCUCCUCGGCGAACAAGACGCCGCUGGAAUCGAAAAGCUCGAGCGCAGACUACAUGAUCUGAUCGACGAAACCCUCCGCUUCUCCUGCCGAAUUUGGUCGCGUCCCACUCCUGUCCGCCUCCAUGACCUUGGAGACCUCAAAAACCAAAAGUUCAGUGCUUCCCACCCUUACAUGCGGCUCUGCCACGUCCAAGCCCCCCGCGGAAUGGAAGAGGUGCAACAACCAAGAACGAACGGCUCCAGCGAGCGUGAAAAGUCUCCCCCCGGCUACCACGACGGCCGUCCGGUAAUCAUGGUCCUGUCCCCCGCCAUCGAAUCCAUCGUCGACAGCAGCAAGGACAAUAAGAAAGCAGCGCCAGCCAUGGACGAGACUCCCCGCGUUUGGGUCCGCGCUCGCGUGCUCGUUUCCUCACCCGCACGCGCUGCGGCGAUGAAGUCACUCGGCCCUGUCAAGAUCGCUUCGCCUCCACAACCAGUCCGCCACAACUCCGCUCCUACCACGGCCACAACUACGACACUCGACAAGUCAGGUUCUGGCUCGCCAGCGGGGGUGGGUACAUUACCAGCCACGCAGUUUUCGAGGAUGCACACGUCACCGCCGCACUCGUCUUCUUCUAGUUUGUCGACGGUCGAUACAGCCAAUGAUUCUUUCACGACUGUUGGUCCGUUGAAAGCGACACCGAAACAGGUGUCCAUGCCGUUUGCUAGCCAGCAAGUGGUAUCACCAUUUUUGAGGCAGAGUGUGUCGCCAAGUAAGAUGUUUGGGGAGAACGGAAAUCAGGAAGGGAUGAUGGGAAGUAUGGAUUUGCCUAUUGCUUGAUGGGGAAAUCCCAAGUGAUUGACAUGACUGGAACUACCCACCUACCUUCGUGUCUCCUCAUCCAUUCCUUCUUCAUUUACCCACGGGCAUAACCUCUCUUUCACAUUUUCGUUUCGUACCUACGAACAGCGACAACCGGGCGCCUUAUUCAUUUAUUGUACCAAAAUAACGAUACUAUUUUUACUCAUUCUUUUCAACUUUCGAUGGAUAUAUGACAAUGGAAAAUUCGCGGCGGAUAGGUGAAUAAAUGGACAUCACAGGUGAAUUCUUCAGAUGGUGGCAGCACGAAUUGGAUGUCAUGUAUCGUCAAAGAUACUACACUAGAAAGCGAGUGCAACGACGGACGUCACGGGACAGGAGGACGGAGAUGACUAGGACUGGAGAACUGGAAAAGAGAUAGCCGGGGGAAACAGGAAAUGUACGCUAUGGACCUUUCAGCAGCUGAAUUAACGCCAAGUUUGUACACCCCGACUUUGCUUUUUCUCCGUUAAUAUUGCAGUCACUUCUGUCAUUCAAGUAGGUACGCUGGUCGGUCAAUCCUGGAACUCAGCAUCUGCAUGGCGUUUGACAGACUUUUUCGACAGUGCAGCAGUGUUGAUGUGAGCGAAGGUGGAAGCUCAAAGGUGAGUACCUAGUCAGUCAGGGCAGCUAGCCCAGUUCUGUCGGCAUGCUGUUACUGACCGACUGACUGCAAUUGAUGUUUGAAAGGAAACGUGCGUGUCCGGGGGACUGUAUCAAUCGCAGCACGUCGAACGGGAAAGGUAGACCACAAGCGAGGUGGCUACCAACCGGAUGAGUCAACACUUCAUUCCGUGGGAAGGUGAGGCACGCUCCGUGGAUUGAGUGGACAAAAGGGGGAAGGAACGGCAAGGUCUGACGGACGCCUUCGGCUCAUAUCACGGGGAGUUUCAAAAGUAGAGAAGAAGAAG